GCGUGUCCCCCGCGUACAGUAGUCGCUCCUGCGGUCAUCAGUGCAAAACCUGCAGUGCUGUUUCUCCUUUUGGUUUGUCAACUCUUCUCGCUGGUCAAACCUGCUGCUUCAUCGCUCGUUGUGUUUAAAUAAAAAACAGAAAAAAGGGAAGCGGUCGCGAGCCGAGCCAGGGGUUUAAGCGAGAUCAGGUAACAAGGAAAGAUGAUGGACCAUAUAAGCGUCUGAUGGGGCUGGUAGAGAACAACCAGCAGUACAGGUGAACACUGCUCUUGUGGCAUGACGACCACAAACAAGGGAAACAAGGCCUUAAAGGUGAAGCGGGAGCCUGGAGAAAAUGGCACCAGCCUGACAGACGACGAGCUGGUGACCAUGUCGGUGCGAGAGCUCAACCAGCAUUUACGGGGGUUGACGAAGGAAGAAAUCCUGCAGCUGAAGCAGCGGCGGCGCACCCUGAAGAACCGAGGAUACGCAGCCAGCUGUCGGGUGAAGCGCGUCACCCAGAAGGAGGAGCUGGAAAAGCAAAAGGCUCAGCUGCAGCAGGAAGUGGACAAGCUGGCCACGGAGAACGCCAGCAUGAAGGUGGAGCUCGAUGCGCUGCGUUCAAAGUACGAGGCCCUCCAAAGUUUCGCCAGGACUGUGGCCCGCAACCCCGUCACUUCAGCAAGGGGACCUAUGGCCUCUGUGAUCGGGCCCCUCAUCCCUGGUAAAGUAGCUGCCACCAGCGUUAUAACCAUCGUCAAAUCCAAAACGGAGGCUAGGUCGUAGUAGCAGAACGGACAGGACGAAGAGUUUCAAGACUUAACCAGUCAGUGCAUUGUAACAAGUUCUCUGUUUUCCUCUGCAGCGAACACUAAUAUGCUUCCCAAACCACAUUCAACAGUUUGACGCAGCAGUAGGGUGAAAAGAAAAAAAAAUCUCGUUUUUUAAAUUUAGACUGUUACUUUUAGCUGAUUGUGAGAAUAUGGUUUACAUAAUGUUUUUGUUUACCUUAAGACUAAACUCUUAAAUCUUUUGUUUCCGUCCGAAUUGGCAUUUUUAAAUGUCAGAGUCAAUAAUAAUAUAUUGUAGAUGUUCUUAAAUACCAAUUCCACAAACAGAGAGUGGAGAACGGGCCCAGUCCCAUCUAACUGCUUGUGAAUCCCGUUGCUUGUUAUUCUGCACUGACUUUCAAUAAGGACAAUGGACCCAUAGUCACACUCUUGGUCUUAAAGCUACAGAAGUCUUCAAAAGAACCAGACUAACUCAAAAACCAGUACUUUAAUGGGAAUUGUUACCUUUUUCUUUCUUUUUUUUGUCUCUUUUUCUGUCAAGAAGAUUAUAGGUAUGAAGUAAUGAUCCUAUAAACCUAGUAUUCAUUUUUGUUUUCUGCAUCCGUGUCGGGCUUCAGUGAAGCUGUCAUUGAAGCGCAUGCAACAUCCAGCUUCUCUAGUUGGAAAGAUGGUUAGACUGAGCUCUCGGAGACAAGAGUUCAUGACAGGUAGAUGCAAUAAUAUAUGUAUGCACUGACAAAACAAAGAGAACUUCCGUAUUUAUUGUUUAGUGAGAAAUGAUGAACGGUUCUGGGAAACAUUAGUCCCGAGCUGAGUGCCAUUCCAAUACGCCAGGAUUCCUCUACAACAUCUCAAAAGCUGAAUGUUAUCACAGGAAUGUCCUCAUGUUUUGUGGGGACGCUGAAAACCACAAGCAUUUUGAAACAUCACUUUCGCUCAUAGAGGAUAUAUAAAAUGUUUUGUCAUUACUUUGUAAUUGCUUGUUAACGCUGUCGGAUAUUUCAAAAAGAAAGUCUUUACACAAUCUUUAAUGUUUAAAUUGUUAAGGUGUUUAAAAAAAAAACUUUGUCUACAUUGACUUCUUUGUUUUUAUUACUAGGUAGAUUCAUUCUUUAUAGAAACCCCCUUCCCCAAAACAAAAAAAAAAUUCCUGUGACAUCUUUUUUGCAAUUGUACCGAAAGUGGCUUACUAUUGAAGUCUGAUAGCUUUUUCUAGUGACUAGGCGCGUACAGUGGGGUAGCGCGUGAUGUGACGUGUAAGUGACAAGUUGGCAGUGUCGUUCACUGUAUAGAUGUCAAUGCUGUGCUAUUUAAAACAAAUCUGUAAAGCUAAACUAGAUGGUGUUAACAAGGUCAGUUGUCUUUGUGCGUAUUGGCAUCUGUGAUAUCCUCCGCUUCCUCGUCGUUAGUUCCAAAUCAUAUCCUCAUUAAGAGUUUACCACACUGAGCAGCGUAAGGCAGAAAUUGUUAAACUGACAUCUGCGAACAGUAAGUCUAAAGACUCUUAAAGCUUAAAGUGACAGUGAAUAAUGGUUGCACCUGAUGGAUGCCUUUUAAAUACACCCUCUGUAACCUGAAACUAAAUUACUUCAUUAUUGAGAAGAUUUCAUUAUCUUUCCAGCCACUUAACUCGAUUUGAAUUAGAUUGCAGGCCUACGUAAUGAAACAACACUUCUCCAAACAAACUGUUUUUUGGGUUGUUUUUUUAAGACUAUAACUAAAAGAUUGCACGAUUUAACACGUAGGUUAAUCACCCCCAAAAAAUAGCAUCACUCCUCCUCGUUUUAAAAGCAGUAAUGUUUGGCUGAGGGUUUGUACGUAUGCACUAAGCUCCUGCUUGUUUUGCUCAGGACAAAACGGGCCACAGAACUGAAUAAACCGUUACACGUGAGAAGACAAGAGGCAGGGAUGGCAGCUCUUUUUCUUCUUUUUUCUUAUCUUGUUUUCCUUUGAUAUUAAGCAGUCAUAAAGGGCUUGAAUCCACACUCAGAAAGAGACACAGCGGACCAUGUAGAUUUACAAUCCAGAACAGCUGCCAGCAGCGCGUCCCCUGUGCCAGCCGUCGCAUCGCUCCUCCGGUCCUCUAAAAGGAGUUUAACACAGAAGCAGUCCUGCACCUCAAGGUGAAAGCAGUUGUGUAAUGACAUUAACAGAUUGCACUUCAUCCAGGUCUCACUCCCCCCGCUUGUCAUAGCGUCUUGUUGUGUCGGCGAGGUGUUCAUCUCUAGUCUCCCUCAAAAACUCCACGCCAGAGAGAUGCAGGCGAGCAAACCCAUCCUGUCAUUCCCGUCAACGUGCUCGGCUAUCCGCUUUGACUGGCUAACUGUGGGAAAAUGUACACGUGACUCUUGACAUAGCCCAGUUUUGAUGUUGGCGUCCUUAUUGCUGUGGCAGUCUUGUGGAGUGAAUCUUGUUCGUGUCAAGUGUCUUUAAGGUGAUUGAGUGGCACUGUUGACCGAUUCUUUGAGCCUCCUCUUUCUCACACACUCACUCGUGUUAUAGUAUGUAGCUGCAGUACGUAUUAAUGAACCUAGUGAAAAAAAGUGACCCUUAAUAUGCAACUCAGUGGAAAAGGUGCGAGAGAGUAGACGUAAGACGAAUCAAAUAUUGUCAAAGUUGCUGCAGUCUGUUAUUUGAUCGUUCUUGCUGUUUUGUUGUUUUUGUUUUUCCCUCCCGUCAGAUUUCACAUCUCUGAGUGGGGGGAGCAUUUGGCCCUUGUUUACUUGCAUCAUAAAGUUUAAUAUAAAGGAACCAGGAAGAAGCAUCUGCACUCAAGCCUUACUCAGUUUCUCUUGUCUGGAAUCAGCUAAAUUACAGAUCCAUAAAUUGAAAGUGGAUACAAUGACUGAAAGAUGAAGAUAUCUGCGCACUAAGUGAAGCAGAUGCUGCGACGGAUUCUGCCACAAGGGCCUCUUGCAAUAUCCUUUGCUUUCUUUUGUACGUGUGUGUGUGUGUGUGUGUGUGUGUGUGUGUGUGUGUGUGUGUGUGUGUGUGUGUGUGUGUGUGUGUGUGUGUGUGUGUGUGUGUGUGUGUGUGUGUGUGUGUGUGUGUGUGUGUGUGUGUGUGUGUGUGUGUGUGUGUGUGUGUGUGUGUGUGUGCGUGUGUGUGUGUGUGUUCAUCUGCGAGUGUUGUUCCUCAGCUGCUACACUAGUCAUUAGUGUUUGUUGUUUGCCGUAGCAUUUUCGUUCUCAUUAUUUGUUGUUUUGUAUUUGAAAAUAAUCUUAACACUGUAAUUUGUUCAGUAGAUAAGAUUUUCAGUUGGUCAAAGCUUCUUUUUCUUUUCUUUUUUUUGUGUAAACAACCAAAUAGUUAGAGAGGAUAAAUAACAGCACCUGUGUGGCAGUUGUAUUUAAUAGCUCUCCAGACAUUGGCCUUUUUUUCUGUGGAAUUAGGCUUUGCAAAUGGACUGUGUUUCCUUUUACUCUAUGGAGUUGGGUCUGUGUUUCAAAGGUAUAUAAAUCUGACUAAAGCGAGUAAUACAAAGUUAAUAACCUGUUUUGUUAUUUUUCUGUAUGGGUUGUAAUAAAAUAUUGCAGUACUUUGUAUGAAAACAGACAAUAGUGAAUUGUAACUAUUUAUAAAUUAAAUUAUUGUAAUUUUUGCAAUCUGUAGAUAAGUACUAUGUAUUCAUAUACAGUAACAACUGUGGAUUUAAAUGUGAUUCUCUGAGGUGUCUAAGUUAUUGAUGUAUAUACUGUAUGUUUGUUGAUACAGCUUACUUUAUUUUCUAUAA